ACUUUCACGUGUUCUAAAAGAACCUUUCUUCCGCUGGUCUGGUUUAUAUAAACAGAGCAUGUUCGAUCCUUGAACAACGAACACCUCUUGUUUCAUCUCCCUCUUCACUUUUAGCAAAUAAUGAUCAACGUCGUCAUGAUGAUUCUCCUAUGCCUCAUCUCACUUCUAUGUUUCUUUACCUUCUUCAAGAAACCAAAGGAUAGCUCUGAUUUGCCUCCAAGCCCUCCUUCUAUGCCCGUCAUUGGUCAUCUUCACCUUCUUCUCUCUUCUUUAAUCCACAAGUCUUUCCAGAAAAUCUCAUCCAACUACGGUCCUCUCCUCCAUCUCCGCAUCUUUAACGUCCCUAUAGUCCUCGUCUCCUCUGCUUCAGUGGCUAACGAGAUAUUCAAGUCCCAUGACGUGAACAUCUCCUCUCGAGGUCUCCCUCCCAUCGAUGAGUCCCUCUUUUUCGGUUCAUCAGGUUUCUUCUCCGCUCCACAUGGAGAUUACUGGAAGUUCAUGAAGAAGCUCAUCGUCGCCAAGCUUCUUGGACCGCAAGCAAUCGAGCGGUCAAGAACCAUCCGUGCGGAGGAGUUAGAGAGGUUUUACUUUGAUCUGCUCGAAAAAGCGAUGAAGAAAGAGACCGUUGAGAUACGUAGAGAAGCCAUGAAGUUCACUAACAACAGCACAUGCAAGAUGAUUAUUGGGAGGAGGUGUUGGGAGGAGAACGGCGAAGGUGAGAGAGUCAGGGGAUUGAUUACUGAAUCUAUUGCCUUGACGAAGAAGGUUUUAUUUGCUACCUUGCUGCGCAAACCACUUGAGAAGCUAGGGAUCCCACUCUUUAAGAAGGAGAUAAUGGAUAUUUCCAGCAGGUACAACGAGGUGCUUGAGAGCUUUCUUGUGGAACACGAAACAAAACUGGAGAAGCAUCAUCAAGGUAAGGAUUUGAUGGAUGUGUUGUUAGAAGCUAAAGAAGACGAAAACGCGGAGUAUAAGAUCACUAGGGAUCACAUCAAGUCCUUGUUUGUGGAGCUUUUCCUUGGAGGCACUGACACAUCAAAGCAAACAAUACAGUGGACAAUGGCCAGAAUCAUUAACAACCCUAAAGUUAUUGAGAGAUUAAGAGAAGAGAUGGAUUCCGUUGUAGGGAAAUCAAGAUUGAUUCAAGAAACUGACUUACCAAACCUUCCCUACUUGCAAGCAGUAGUCAAAGAAGGGCUAAGGAUGUAUCCAACGGUACCUCUCUUUGGAAGGAGGCUCCAAGAAGGAUGUAAGAUGGGAGGAUUCUAUGUCGCUGAGAAGACAACACUUGUAAUUAAUGGUUAUGCUAUAAUGAGAGAUCCUAAUCACUGGGAUGAUCCUGAUGAGUUUAAGCCAGAGAGGUUCCUAGGAGAGCAAGGGGACGAGAUAAGAGAGCAAGUACUGAAGUACCUUUCUUUCGGGAGCGGUUGGAGAGGAUGUCCUGGAUCAAAUCUAGCUUAUAUCUUUCUAGGAACAGCAAUUGGAAUGAUGAUUCAGUGCUUUGAUUGGAGAAUAAAAGGGGCUAAGGUUAACAUGGAAGAGACUCUUUCAGGAAUGGUCUUGACAAUGGCUCAUCCCCUUAAAUGCAUUCCUGUUCCUCGAAUCUGUAGCUUCCCAGUUCAUCACUGAUCUCUCAUUACCUAUAGUUAAAGUGUCUGUUUGAUUGUUAAGGACUAGUAGUAAUUGUAGACAGAAGAGACAAGGAAACAAAGGUUUGGAAGCCAAAGCUAAAAACAACUUCAGAAAUCAAGUCUGCUUCAGAAACAGAACAGAGAGAAGUGGACUUGGAAAGUGACAAGGUGUUAAAGGCUGUGAGUAGCUUCACCAACAACGAAAUGGGCUUGCAAGAAGCAAGACCGAAGCCCAUUCAGUACAACAAAGAGACAACAGCUAUAUUGACUUCAGAAACCAAACACAAACAAAAGGACCGCAAUGUGGUCCUGCAGUGUACGGUACGGAACAGCCAAUGGCGUUAAGGAAUCGAUUUGAUCUGCUGGAAUCUAAUGAAGAUGAGCUGCCCUAAUUGACAGCAAGGAUGGAGUAAAGGGUUUCUGAAGUUUAGUAUAAAUACAUCUCUAUGAUUGUAAACAAACUUAAGCAAAAAAUCCAUAAAAUGAAAAGCUUCACUUUAAACUUGUUUCUCCUUCUCUAAACUCUUAUGUCUUUGCUUACAUGGUAUCAGAGCUCAGUGAGCACAUCCUGAGCCAUGGACAACACUCUAGAUAUAUACUCUCAACCAAAGCUCAACAUCUCAAACUGUAUUACAAUCAAACUCACAGAACGCAACUACAUUCAUUGGAAGCGACAGUUUGAGUCUUUCUUGUCUGGUGUUGGUCUUCCCGGGUUUGUCAAUGGAACCAGUCCAGAGUCUAUAGCAGUCAUCCAUGUGCCUAACAUCGCAGGUGGCCACCGGGACGUCCCAAACCCUGACCAUCAAUUGUGGGUCAGAUCUGACCAAAUCGUACAAUCUUGGUUAGUUGGAUCUCUCUCUGAAGACAUUCUCAGUGUAGUUCUUAGAGCUAACACAGCUCAAGAGGUUUGGUUAUCACUUGGAAAUCACUUCAAACGAGUCUCCUCCUCAUGCUUGUUUGAACUACAACGUCGACUACAAACUGUCUCCAAAUCAGAAAAAACCAUGAGUGACUACUUGAAAGACAUUAAAGGUUUAUGUGACCAGCUCAGCUCAGUUGGAAGUCCAGUCACCGAGAAAAUAAAGAUCUUUGCGGCUUUACAAGGUCUAGGGUGUGAGUAUGAGCCUAUCAAAACCAGCAUAGAAGGAGAUAUGGAUUCUCCCUUAGCUCCAGCGUUUGAAGACAUAGUCCCUCGCCUCACCGGUUUUGAAGAUCGUCUCAAGUCUUAUGAAGUGUCUCAAACUUCAGUGUCUCCACAUCUUGCGUUUCAUGUAUCUAACUCAGAGCCUCUACACUCUUCAAACGCCAACUACACUCAGCCAAUCCCUCACUUCACCCAAUACAGAGGAAGAGGGGGCAACAACGGACGUUAUGGUUACUCCAGAGGCAGAGGAUACUCCACCAGAGGUCGGGGGUUCUAUCAACAAAGCUCCUCUCCAAAUAACUCUCAAGGAGACACUUCAGCCAGACCUUCCUGUCAGAUCCGUGGUCGCUAUGGCCAUAACGCCUUGAAAUGCUAUAGACGCUUUGAUAUCUCUUAUCAGAGUGAUGAUCUCCCCUCAGCAAUGGCUACUCUUCAGGUCUCUAAUGAUCCUCCACAAGCUGCACAGUCCUACAAUGGAACAAAAUGGUAUCCUGAUACAGCAGCUUCAGCACACGUCACAAACUCUCAACAGUAUCUUCAGACUGCUCAGCCUUAUCAUGGCAAUGAUUCAGUAAUGGUGGCAGAUGGUAACUUUCUUCCUAUAACUCACAUUGGGUCAGUUCCAUUGCCUUCAGCUUCUGGCUCUUCAGGACAAGCUCACCAAGCAAAUCUUGACUCAGAGAAGCAGGCAUAAAGAUCUCUACAUCCUGGAAAACUCAACCUUUUCAGCUUUCUACUCAUCAAGACAAGUCGCAACCAGUGCAGAAGUCUGGCAUAGAAGAUUGGGUCAUCCUAGUGCAGAGAUUCUUCAACAACUAUCUAGAAGUCAAGCUAUUAGAAUAAAUAAAAGCAUGUCCAAAAUCUGUGACUCAUGUCAACUUGGCAAAAGUGCUAAACUUCCUUUCUCUAAUUUUGUUUAUGUGUCUAAAAGACCUCUUGAGAGGGUACACUAUGAUCUUUGGGGACCCUCACCUGUUUGUUCUGUUCAAGGAUUCAAAUUCUAUGCAAUAUUUGUGGACAAUUUU